AUGUUAUUGCUUAAGAAGAAAGAUAGGAGCAUGAUGUUGUAUGUGGAUUACAUGAAGUUGAAUAAGGUUACUAUUAAGAACAAGUAUCCUCUUCCUAGGAUUGACGACCUUAUGGAUCAUUUGGUUGGAGCUUGUGUAUUUAGCAAGAUUGAUUUGAGACCAGGUUAUCAACAGAUUCAAGUAAAGUCAAAAGAUAUUUUAAAGACUACAUUUAGAACUCGUUACAAUCAUUUUGACUAUUCGGUGAUGUCGUUCGGUCCUAAUAAGUAUAUGGGAAAAAGUAAAGAAAAAACGCAACAAAUCGCAAAGGAAGUUAUGGUUCAGAACGCCAGAAACAUGAGGCGUGGUAGGAGUGUUGGUAGAGGCGCUAGUAGAGGUGUAGGUAGGAAUGUGAGUGGUGAAGCUACUCCCGAAGGGGUAGCUAACAUCCCUAUGGGACGAGAAGAUCAUUCCCAAACUGGAACGAACUAUCAAGCUGACACUCGAGAUGUUCGCGAACUUGCUGCGGUUGUGUUAGUUCAAACACAACAAAAUGCUCAAAUCCUGCAAAUCACUCGUGAUCAUCAACUUUUUCAGCAACAACAAAGAGAAAUUGUGCAUGAAGAUACAAGAUUGAACUCGUUUCUGAGAGGUAAACCACUACAGUUUUGUGGUGACUUUAAUCCGGAGGGUGCUGAGAAAUGGUUGCAAGAGAUAAAAAAUAUAUUUUCUUUCACUCACUGUAGAGAGAAUAGAAGAGUCGGUUAUGCAACAUUCAUGCUAACAGGCGACGCUGAAGCCUGGUGGAGAGGAAAACAUAGAUUAUUGGAAGAGGAAGGAAGAGAGAUCAACUGGAUCAUGUUCAAAGAAGAAUUUUUGGGGAAGUAUUUUCCAAAGCUAUGUAGGAAAGAGAAGGAGAGAGAAUUCCAGAACCUGUGUCAAGGUAUGAUGACGGUGGGAGAGUAUACUAGGAAGUUUGAAUCCUUGCUAAAGUAUUCUGAAUUUUACCGCUUGCAUCCAAGGGAAGAAUGGAUGUGUGAAAAGUAUCAAGAUGGAUUGAAAUAUGAUAUCCAGAGGGCGGUUCUACCUCUGCAUAUUAUGCGCUUUGGUGAGCUGAUAGAAAGAUGUUUGGAGUUAGAAGGAAUUGACAAUAGGAAGAAUCAAUAUGGAUCAGGAGUACCAACCCGAAACAACAAUCACAAGGGCCAUUUUAACCGAGGCCAUGGAGGAAGGACCCAACAAGGGGGUAGGCCAUAUCAAAGGCCUACACCAUAUCAUAACCAGGAUUCUAGGAGGUUAAUGUUCAAGUGUUACAGUUGUGGAGGGGCACAUCUUAACAAAGAUUGUCCAAAUAUAAAUAUUGGAGCUUGUUUUCAUUGUGGUCAGAAGGGCCAUUUUCUCAAAGAUUGUCCCCAAGGACAAAAUCAACCAACAAGCCAGAAGAGCGUCCUAAUAAACAAUAACAAUGUAGGGAGAGCAAGGAACGGAGGCCCAAAUGUUGGUCAAGGACCUCAUAAUCAGAAUAAGCCAACCACAGGAAGAGUAUUUGCAAUUAGAGGAGCUGACAUCUCAAAGUCAGAUGGGUUAAUCCAAGGUAUGUGUCUAAUUGGAGAUAAGUUGGUAUCAAUAUUAUACGAUUCAGGAGCUACACAUUCAUUUAUAUCUACAUCUUGUACGGAAAUUUUGGGAUUUGAAAUUGUUGAUCUCAACUAUAAGUUGACCAUUACAACUCCCUUGGGAGAAAGAAUGGUUACUUGUUCAAUCUGUGCAGACAACCCUGUGAUUUUAGAAAAUAGAAGAUUCUUAGUAGAUCUUGUAGUACUUCCGCUAAAAGACUUAGAUGUCUUCUUAGGAAUGGAUUGGUUAUCAGCCAACGAUGUAAACUUGGGGUGCAAGAAGAAAAUUUUAACGUUUGGAGAAGAUAGUGGAGAAGUCAUAAAGGUGGAAACUCUCACCCAAAAAUUUAUGAUGUUAUUCUCUAUGUCGGAAGGAGAAACCCCUAGUGUUGAAAAUCUUCCAGUGGUCUGUGAAUUCCCGGAAGUUUUUCCAGAAGAGGUUCCAGGUUUACCACCGGUUAGGGAAGUGGAGUUUUCUAUAGACUUGGUUCCAGGCACUGGACUAAUUUCUAUAUCUCCUUAUCAAAUGUCACCCUCAGAUAUGGCUGAGUUAAAGAAACAGUUAGACGAGAUGUUAGAGAAGGAAUUUAUUAGACCGAGUGUAUCGCCAUGGGGAGCUCCAGUCUUGUUUGUUAAGAAGAAGGAUGGUUCUUCUAGACUUUGUGUAGAUUACAGACAACUUAAUAAAGCUACUGUAAAAAACAAGUAUCCUUUGCCUAUAAUCGAUGACUUGAUGGACCAGUUAAAGGGAGCAUCGGUAUUCUCGAAGAUUGACUUGAUGUAUGGAUAUCAUCAGAUCAGGGUGAAGGAGGAUGAUAUUCCAAAAACAGCUUUCAGAUCCCGUUAUGGACACUAUGAGUACUUAAUAAUGCCAUUUUGUUUGACUAAUGCUCCAGCAGUAUUCAUGGAUUACAUGAAUAGGAUCUUUAGGUCAUACUUAGAUCAAUUUUUUGAAGUUUUCAUCGAUGACAUUUUGAUUUAUUCCAAGAAUGAGGUAGAGCAUGAAGGACAUUUGAGAAUUGUGCUACAUAUAUUAAAGGACCACCAAUUGUACGCGAAAUUCUCGAAAUGUGAAUUUUGUUUGAAGGAGGUGCAAUUUCUUGGUCAUGUUAUUAGUAAAGAAGGUAUUGCAGUAGACCCGAGUAAAGUUGAAGCAGAAACAAAGUAG